AUGACUGCUAAACUGACUCUUCAAUCCAAGUAUAAGCUGUUGUCGGGCCAUGAGAUCCCAGUCCUGGGAUAUGGAGUCUAUAUGAUUCCCUCAUCCGGAACUGAGAAAGCCACUGCCGAGGCCCUCAAUGUUGGGUUCCGUCAUGUCGAUUCAGCGAUCAUGUAUCGCAACGAGAAACCAUGCGGAAAGGCCAUCCAGAACUCCAAGCUGGAUCGAUCCCAGGUCUUCUUUACAACAAAGAUCCCACCCGAAUCGAUGGGCUACGAGUCAGCGAAACGAGCUAUCAACUCGAGUCUACGCGAAGCGGCGCAAGAUUACUUUGAUCUCAUCUUGAUCCACGCACCUUACGGCGGCAAGAAAGCCCGCCUAGGAUCCUGGGACGCACUUGUGGAAGCACAAUUACAAGGCAAAGCCAAAGCCAUAGGCAUAUCGAACUACGGGAUUCAUCACCUCGAAGAAUUGGAGGCUUACAUCCAAGGCGGCGGAGGCGGCCAAAUCGACGUCGGUCAGUAUGAACUGCACCCAUGGCUGGACCACUCGGACAUUGUGGAUUGGCUACAGAGUCGAAAGGUCGUUGUCGAGGCUUAUUCACCUCUUGCGCACGGAACCCGGUUUAACGAGCCGGUGUUGGCAUCUAUUGGGAAACAGUAUGGGAAGACGCCGGCGCAGGUUUUGAUUCGGUGGAGUUUGCAGAUGGGAUUCGUGCCUCUGCCUAAGUCGACUACCCCGCAGCGCAUUCGGGAGAAUGCCGAUGUCUUUGACUUUGAGUUAACGGCGGAGGAUAUGACGUUGCUUGAUACGGGGGAGUAUGAGCCCACGGACUGGGAUCCGACUGUUGAUGAGGAUUGA